AUGAGAGCAGCUGCGACACAGUUUAUGAUCAGCGAAGAUAGAGAUAAACGACUUGAAAAGUUUUGUUCCAAAACUGUUGGACUUGAUACUUUACGUGAUAUUAUCGUAGCACUAACUCGUCCUUUGGAUUUCGAUGAGCGUCAAGGUAUGAUUAUUGCCAUGUAUUUGUUUAACAAGACUUGCUUUGUUGUCACUGUUGUUCGAAGUGAAUUUUAA